AUGUCUACAAAGUAUGUUCAAACAUCAAGGGUCGAUGACGUAAUUUAUCAAUAUUUUAGAACUUUAUAUAUACUAACAUUACUACUGAUUAUAAUUUUAUUAUAUAGAAAACACGAGUUUACAUCACAUUUGAAAAGAACCAUAGGUAGCACUAGUAGUGGUGGUAGUAGUACUUCGGCUUCGAAUUCUUCAAUUUCAAGCAAUAGUUCUUCUUCUAGUCGUCAUUCUUCCCCUCGUAAGAACCCAGUACCUAAACCUCCAGCUCCUGGUCAAAUUCCUCCCCCAGUUGAAAAAAGUUCACCUGUAAAACAUCAUCAUCACCAUCAUAUACAUUCGUCUCGUCCAUCAUCUCAAAGUAAUGAGACACAUGUUACUCAUCAUAAGGAUCCUAUUCACAAGGCACCAAUACAUAAACCACCUGCUGUUCCAGAACCUGCACAAAGGAAAUCGAUGAUUCCGGAACCUGUACAAAAUAAGCCGUCGAUUCCAGAACCAGUGCAAAAUAAAUCGAUGAUUCCAGAGCCUGUGCAAAGGAAACCAAUGAUUCCAGAACCUGUGCAAAAUAAAACGUCGAUUCCAGAAGCUGUUCAAGUUCAAUCUAUAUUCCCAGAAAAUGUCACAAAGCAGUCUGCAGUGACACCAUCGAUAAAUGAUCAUGGUCAUGAUCAUAAAGAACCACAUACACAUCAUGCUCAAGAAGUUCAUCACAAGGAUAAGCUAGAUCAAGUAGAAAUACAAGAGCAUAAUGAAGCUACUAAAAAAGUUGACGGCGAAGAAACUCCUGAAAAGAAAUCUAAUGGUUCUUAUUUCUCAGAAGUUGUAUCUGGUUUGAAACAAUUUGCUAUUGGGUUAGGUGUAACCAUGAGAUCUAAAUCAGAGUUAAUAAUGACUGAACUAAAUAAUCCAAUUGUAGUAUGGAACCUGCUAUUUGGUACAGGUACCAUUGCUGUGUUACUAACAGGAUCUUUGAACAGACAAAUCAGAGCUAUCAAAGGCAAUUCUGAUAAUCUGGCUUUAACUACAGCAACCGCUGUCACUGCGGCAGUAUCACUAAACAUCCUCUUAUCAACAAAAUAUUACUCAACAUUCGAUGAAAAGAGACAAUAA